UCCCAAAAUAAACUCAGGAACGUAAAUAGUCUUUUGCUUGGUUGCCUGUAGGAAAUAGUGCACUGCAGUGCCCUCUGCUAGCCAGGCAUUUAUUCCCCAUGAGUUACCCCCAUCAGGGUGCUACAAAUUACAAUUGUGUCUCCAGGUGGUGGGCUAGUAAAUUAUUUGUGGGCUCACACUUUCGUGGUCUUUCCCUCCCAAGACUAAAUCUGGAAAAACGUUUGUCAGCAAAUCAGAUCUUCCGCAUACCAUGUGUUGGACAAGUAAGGGGUUAUUAUGUUGACUGGAGGAUGGUACGUGAUGUUAAGAGAAGGAAGAUGGCUUUUGAAUAUGCAGAUCAGAGGCUGCGGCUGAAUUCCCUUAGGAAAAACAAAAUUUUGCCCAAAGAACUCCAGGAAGUGGCUGAAAAAGAGAUUGCUGCCCUUCCCCGGGACACCUGCCCAGCGAGGAUCCGUAAUCGAUGUGUUCUGACAUCCCGUCCACGAGCUGUAGUGUGGCGAUGGAGGUUAAGCCGAAUUGUCUUCCGCCAUCUGGCUGACCAUGCGCAGCUCUCUGGAGUACAGAGAGCAAUGUGGUGAGCCACCACCAACAAGGCUUUUCUUCAAAGCAGACAAAACGGAGUUCUACUUCAACUCCUAGGAUGAAUUAAAGACACGUUCUAUAACUUGCAGCGUGUAAGGAGUGGGGGGGGGGAAUAGACCCAUUGGUAGAAGACCCUUAGCUAGAAGGGGGCAACCUUGUUUAAUUUUGCCAAACCUUCCACACUUGCUCCUCUUGUAUAUUUAAAAAUGACAUCGAAAAAUAAAGCAGUCCCACGCUUGGA